UCAAAUACUGUAUGCCUCAAAAAUACAAAAUCACAAGCAGCUCUUCAAAACCGAGCAAGAUCGAACUGCCGUCAAAUUUUCCAUUCAUCCCCUGCGGUCUCCGGCGGCUACUUCCUUCGAAAUGCUGCCUGAUUCCUCCUCCUCCGCCGCCGCUUUCCUCAGCCGCUGCAUUGUCGUCUUUUGCUUCUUCGCCGCCGUCUUUCUCUCCUGCUUCGUCCUCUUCAAAGCCGCCGACUUGGCCGGCCUUCCACUCCCCGACUCCUUCGAUCCCCCCUCUCGGUUUCGCUACUUUCUUCCCUCUAUCGCCGACAAUUCUACAGCUGAUGCUGAUAUCAUGUGGUUUAGGGACCCAUUUCCCCGGUUUUAUUUGGAUGCAGAUUUUCAAAUUGCAUGCGAUCAUUUCAUGGGAAGCUCUUACGAUCUGGAGAACAGGCCAAAUGGAGGAUUUAACUUUGUCAGGUCCAAUAACCGGUCAAUAGAGUUUUACAAGUUCUGGUACUCCUCAAGAGAAGUAUAUCCAGAAUCCCAUGACCAGGAUGUCCUUAAUAUUAUCAAAUUUGAUGCUUUUGUCUUAGAUAUUGAUCUGAAGAUGAGAUUCUUGAAUACUGCCAACUUUGGCGGAUUUUGUGAACCAAGCAAAGAUUUGAAUCGAGUUUGCACAAUGCAUGCAAAUUGUUGUUUUGGUCUGGUCAACAAGCUUCAUGAUCUUAGAGUCAUGCUCGAGGAUUGGAAACAAUAUAUGUCUUUGCCACCAAGCUUGAAGAGAUCAUCCUUAUCAUUCUGGAGGGUUCCUCAGAACUGCAGUCUUGAUUCUAUCCACCAUUCACCUCAGAAUAAUGUUGAACAACUGAAGGAAGAAUAAAUCCAACAUUCUUUUCCCAUUUAAAUUGCAUAUGUACAGAAAGUCUCCAGUUUCAAUACAUUUCAAUAAUUUUGCUUAGAUAAUUGCUUGUUGACAUGGGUUGCCUAGUUCCACUGUAUACAUCUUAUCCUCUCCAAAUCCCGCUUUCAUGAGAGCUUCAUGCACCCACAAAAUGUAUUGUGACGUGAAAUCAUUUAAAUGUGGGAGAUUAUGUAAGACUUUGUUUAGAUUAAGAAUUUGACUAAGAAUUUGUU